AGAAGCUACAAGAGUGCUACUUGAUCCUUUCCCUUUACUCUUUAUCGCCUAAUAUCAAGGGAAGUCUAGUUCUAGACUAGGUGAAGAUUUUGUAUGUUCAGUAUUUAAGGAUAUUCCAGACAUACACCUUCUUUUCUCUCCUUGACCAUCCCAGGAUCCCCAGCUGGAAACCCCAGGCUCUCUUCGCCACGGGCUUCUACACGACUUCAAGUCACAACUCCGCAGUGUCGCUACUGUUUCGACCUUCUCGAGCUUCUUGUGAAGCUCCAUCUUUCCACAACUCCCACAUUUUGCAAAUCAUUGAUCUUAUGAAUCGCCGAACGGGAUAAGCGCCAUGAACGGGAACGGAGCUGGCGCCAAUGGCGCGCCGGGUGCUCCAGAAUCAAGCUUCAUGUUCGGAUCGAAUACCGACAUGUCUCAUAGGAGAGACAACAGCCAUGUCUCCGACCAUAGCCUCAUGGGGCCCACGGAUGAUGCUAGCAUGAACAACCUCAUGUGGAUAACUGAAGAGAUGCAAAGACAAAUGACGCCAGCACAUCAAGGCGAUUUCAGCGCCGGGGCUAGCAUGCAGUCACCCAUAGCUGAUUCCAUGCCCUGGAACUUCGACGACUCAAUUCAGUUCGACUUCAACGACAUAAGCUCGGUGGCCCCGGGAUCCCAUCAACCACAGUAUCACCAGAACGCUGGAAUCACCGCCAGACCAUCGACCUACACUACUGGAUCGUCUUCCAUAACGACGCCUCAUUCGGCGGCUCAAAUGUCGCCGGCCCUGACUGCAAGCCGCCGGGGGAGCUCCAUCUCAACCACGGGAAUGAUGCAACCAUCCAUGUGCAGCAGUCCGUGUGAGCUCGGCGACCAAUGUGAUCGAGCAGAUAAAUGCAGCAUGAACGACGAGUGUGAUGGGCUUGAUUGCGAUCUCACCGCGACAUGCGAUCUUGAAGCCUGCGGCAUGGAUGGCCAUUGUGAAGAUCUAAACUGUGCCCAGCAGGACCACUGUUCAGCCCCUGACUGCAGCGAGGCACUCACCUGUGAUGAGGCCCAAGCUGCCCUUGCACUAUGCUAUGUAACGCAAGGUCAUGAUCAGGUCUCUCAGCUGCCCAACCAGGACUACCAAGUUCAAUUUCGGGGUUAUCCCCAGCACUUGCAGCAGCAGCCAUCACCUAACUAUGGAUACUAUGACAACCAAGCUUACGGACAGCAGUCUCAGCAAGCGCGGAUUCAUCAACAGCAGCUUCAGCACCAGCAAAGGCGUGAACAGAGGCGAAUUCAGGACCAACAGGACCGGCAACGGGAUCUCCAAAGGCUACAAGAACAACAGCGUUAUUCAGAGACUUACAGACAAGCCUACGAAGGAGAACUACGCCGAAUCCAGCAACAGGGACAGUCUUCACAUGGCUCAUCACAGGCUCCAGCUAACGUGAUUGCAGCGGCGGCGGCGGCUUCAUCGAUUCAGAAUAUUAACUUUGUUAACCUUGAAGCACAUCAACGCCAGUCAACAGCUCAACCAAGUCACGUCUUUCAGCACAUCCUUGAAUACCACAAGGAUCCGCACAAGCCAUCAUGCCAAGGUCCUUGUAUCGUCGAUGAACCAGGAAACUUCAUAUUCUGCCCAUUCAGCUGUGUGACUGAACAUCCGCAACUUCACAAUACCGGCAUUACCGAUACAACAUUGUCACAGCCAUUCUUUGACGAUCUGUUCCCAAGCUUAGCGAAUAUCCCAGAUUCGAUGAAGUCUUGUCAUGGGCAAGGCUACGCUAGUGCGGAGCAGCUAAUCUCACAUAUGCAUGCCUGUCACAACACGAUUCUUUCUCAAUAUUUCCAGGGAAAUACAACACCGCUUAUCACUCCGUCGCAAAAUUCAUCGCAACUUCAACAAUAUUCACCCACAAGCUCCUCGAACGUGGCACAAUACAUGCAAUUUCAGAAUCUGCCAGAACCCAUUGUCACGCAUGGUUCUUCGCCGGUCAUAACCACUCAGACCCUUCAGGCUAAUGUAAUGACACUGACGCCGCCGCUUACCGAUCAAAGCAUCCCCUCGCCCAAGGAUGGGAGCCAGAUCACGAAUUCUAACCAGGAGCAACCUCCCGACCCGAAUACAUGUCUCUGGCUUGACGACAUGGGAAUCCCAUGCGGGCACGUCUUUGAAGACGCUUCACAGCUCAACCGACACGUCAUCGAGGAGCAUCUCAGAUACCUCCAAAAGGAGCACAACGAGUAUCUAUGUCGCUGGAUGGGCUGCAAGAGACAAUCCAAGAGCGAGAAAAGAGGUUUUCCGCAAAAGAGCAAGAUCGAGCGCCAUUUACAGACUCACACUGGUGACCGUCCAUUUGCUUGCCCCCUUUGCCCCGAUAUGUUUUCAGCAAAGCAGGCCCUUGAACAGCAUAUCCUCAUUCACAAGCAGGAGAAGCCUCUCAAAUGCAACUUUCCCGGCUGCAACAAGAGUUUCCGGCAGCAAAGCGCAAGAACCAUGCACAUGCGUGUCCACACCAAGGAAAGGCCUCUCAAAUGUAAUCUUUGCGAUCGAACGUUCAGCGAGUCCUCCAACCUGGCCAAGCAUCGCAGGACGCACGCCGCCGAGGGAUCUUUCCACUGCGACUUUCCAGAAUGCAAGAAGACUUUCCACCGCCAGGAUCAGCUGCGGAGGCACCGCAAAACCCACGCCAAGAAGGCGGCCCGCCAGGCCAGCGGCAGCCCUCCGCCGUCCGAGGAGCCGGAGCUGGAGCUGGAGCCGCAGACCUGAACCUCCUCUCAGGUGCUAGAGCUGGGACUCGACUUGCCUUGGGUCGUCCGACUCUCAGUAUUACCAUGACUCGUCUGCUCAUGGCUUAAAUUACGAACCAAUGUGACUGGGCUGCCUAGACUAGUACCUUGUCGACACAAUCUGACAACGGACAAACAGCCCACGAACAUGGCGAAUAUCAGCGUUAGGAAAAAAGAAAGAAAAGCAUUUGAGAAAAAGACAUUUAAAAAGAGUGGGGGGAAGAAGAAGAAAAAAGACCAGCAGCUACAAAAUUUUCAAGACGUACUGCGUUUGCCUCGGCCCACAGCAGGGGGAGGCGAAGCGCAAAUCCCGAUAAGAAACCUCCGGCUUCUUUUUCUAAUGGGAACUUCCUUUUUUUUUCUUUUUUUCUUCAGACUCACGGGCUAGGAAACAUGUUCACCGGUGUUUGCACGGAUAACAAAAGCCUUCAGCGUCGGCGUUUCGGCGACUCCAGACAAGAGUUUUGUUCUUGUCUUGUUUUAUUUCUAUUUUCUUUCUUGUGUGUUUGAUUUUUAUGUUGUCUUUUAAAACGAAUUUACGAACUGGGAGGGGAAAAAAAUAUCCUGUGGCUCGGUUUUUUUUCUUCUUGUUGUCCGUUUGGGGUCCACGAACGGUGUUGGAGUUUUGUACGGGGCUUUAGAUACUUGAUUGACCUUGAGAGGUUGGAUGGACUCCCUUGACUUGGCAAGGAGCCUGACUGAAGGGACGCAGGGUUGUUGCAUGUU